CAAUUGAACAGUACACACCAUGAACAAAUACUAUCGAACACUAGACGCGAUAUUGUUUCUCGUUCUCUCAUACCAUCUUGUGCUUGCACCUUUCACUAAAGUGGAGGAAUCGUUCAACAUCCAAGCCAUUCAUGAUAUCUUAAACUAUGGAGUCUUCCCACAAGAAACCGUAUUGUCAAACUACGACCAUGUGGAAUUCCCCGGCGUUGUUCCAAGAACAUUCAUUGGAUCGUUAUUUGUCGCCGGUGUCACCAAAGUUUUCUUGUUGUUCAAUUCACUCUUUGGCAUUGAGUACUUCCAAGGCACUCAAUUGGAAUUACAAAAGUUGGUGAGGGCAAUCGUGGGCAUUUCUAAUGUGUUUCUGUUGAUCUACCUUAGAGAAUCAUUGAACAAGGUCAAUUUCAGAGACAAGAAGAAGAACAACAAAGGUGUAAUUGGAUUUUGGUAUACCGUCUUGUUGAUCUCCCAAUAUCAUUUGCUAUACUACAGUUCAAGAACAUUACCUAAUUUCUUGGCGUUACCGUUGGUUAACUAUUCUGUGGGGAAACUUAUCACUGGUGACUUGUCUGGGUUAACAUGGUUAGCAUUCACAGGUAUUAUCUUCAGACUUGAAGUUGGUGUAUUUGCCGGUAUUAUCGCUGUUGUAUCGGCAUUUUUUGGUCAAUCCGAUUUGAUUCAUAGUUUUAUUUACUUGGCUGCAGGUGCUAUAAUUGGUGGAUUGCUAUCUGCUGUUGUUGAUUCUUAUUUCUGGGGAAGAGUGCUUAUUCCUGAGCUCGAUGCAUUUGUGUUUAACGUUGUCCAAGGAAAAUCUGUCAAUUGGGGAGUCGAACCUUUUGGUGCUUACUUUAAGAAAUAUCUUUGGCAAUUAUUCAGACCCCCAAUUAUUUUGUUGUUGACUAUUCCCGGUUUGAUCGGUGAUCCAACCGAUGAAGGUGUCGUUACUGCGGAGAAGGAUAAGAAGGUAGUUCCACAUCCGGCAAGAUACUCCUUAAGGAUCUUGUUCAUUUCUUCAGUUUUAUACAUCUUAGCAAUGUCAUUCCAACCUCACAAAGAAUGGAGAUUUAUUGUAUACGUGGUUCCAAUAUUCACUCUACAAGCUGCCAACGGAUUAACUAACGUUUCCACCAAGUGGAGUGCCAGUUUACUCAACAAAAUCUUGUUAUUAUUGAUGGUUGGUACCAUCGCUUUGUCUACCAUUAUUUCGUUACAAAUCGGAUACAUUUCUAGUUAUAACUAUCCAGGAGGUUACGCUUUACAAUACACCAAUGAUUACAUCUUGCACCACAAUUUAACUGAUGUGUCGGUGCACAUUGAUGUUCCAGCAUGUAUGACGGGAGUAACUAGAUUUGGCGAAUUGCACAAUGUAGGAGUGGCUUAUAAUAAGACCGAAGACCUCACUCCAGAACAAUUGACCCAAUUUGAUUUGAUCAUCACUCAUCACAAUAAGUUGACUGAACCUUGGAAACAUCUUCAAACUAUUGAUUCAUUUAUCGGUGUUAACGUGAAUACAUUGUCCAAGAUCUUAUCAGAUAGAGAAAAGCUCGUGCAGUUGCUCAAGACAGUUGCCAGUGAAGUCACAAUAGGCAAAGCUAACACCUGGUUGGAUUUAUUGAGAUCUACAGUGGUCACUGGUGAUUACUUACACGUGUAUGUAAAUGAAAAGGAAACUCUGAAGUAAAAAUAAAAAAAAAGGGGUUUAUUCGUUAAUCAAUCAAAGUAUAUAAUACAUAGUCUAGGUAUUUCUAUAUCUUUGUUUUAUAGUCGAUAUUGGUGAGAAUAUUGGACGAUUGACUUCAUCAUCAGUAGGAAACCUUAUCGGGACAAUUUUGUUCAAACUCUUUGCCAGUUCAAUCGCCGAAGGUGAUGGUGAAGCAUAUUCUUCAUACUCAUCUUCAUCAGUUAGAAUCUGAUUGAAGUUGGGUCGAGCAGGAACGGUCCCUCUUGUUCUCGGUGGAGAAAGUCUAACGUAGUUUUGUGGGAGUUUCACUUGGCCAUAAUGUUUAAUUAGCGCCCCAAUCUUUUCUGUUUUCAAUCGUUGUGUGGUCUCUUGUAGUCGGGCCGGACUUAUAUUUCCCACUUGUUUAACCGGAGUCGACACUUGUGUUUGCGAUUGCCGUUGUCGUUGGGUUCGUUUAGCUAAUGGCGACAGAGUGCUUAUGAUUGUACUAUUAGCCAAUUCGAAAUCCUGAUUAUGUUCAUACUUGUAUCUCCACAAGUCAAAUAUCGAUCUCUUUUUGGCAUGCUCAAACUUGGCCACGAGAAACUGAUGCUGGGCCUGGUGUCGUUUGAUAUUCUUGUGAUAUUUUAGAUUCCACGCCUUGAUGCAUUCACUAACUAGUGUAAAGUUCUUGUUAGCGAUAUAGUCCUCAUACGUUUCAAGCAACUCCUGGGCUCGACUAUGGUGGUCUUGCCAAAUGGUGAAGAAUCUCCUUAUCUUGUACUCGGCCUCAAAUGCUUCUGCUUCUUCAUUCAUGGCUGACUGGUGCUGGGUCUUGUAUAUCCAGAGAUCAAGUUGCGGUUUUGCCAAUUGCAUCCACAGAGUGAACUCAUGAGCUAAUUCUUCUAACUCAUUCAAUUUAUCGUACUUCAUGACCCAUUUACUCAAAUAUCGCUUCAAUAGUAAUGGACGUGUUACUUGUUUGUGGAGUUGUUUAAUCUUACCCUGAGCUCGAAGUUCAAAUUGUUCAUU